GCCGGCCGGCCGGCGGGGCUUGGCGGAAGUGGUGUGGGCGAGCUGUCCCGCAGUGCGGAGAAGCGGCGCGCGGGAGGGUUCUGGGCCCGCGAGCCGAGCUGCGGCCACUACUUUCCGUCCCUCCGGGCGCCAGGAAGAUGACGCGCUUCGCUCUGACCGUGGUCCGGCAUGGUGAAACAAGAUUAAACAAGGAGAAAAUAAUUCAAGGACAAGGAGUAGAUGAGCCUCUUUCAGAAACUGGAUUUAAACAAGCAGCUGCUGCUGGUAUAUUUCUUAAUAAUGUGAAGUUUACUCAUGUUUUCUCCAGUGACCUCAUGAGGACGAAGCAGACUGUGCAUGGGAUUUUGGAGAAGAGCAACGUUUGCAAAGAUUUGACAGUAAAGUAUGAUUCAAGACUUCGAGAAAGAAAAUAUGGGGUUGCAGAAGGCAGGGCCCUAAGUGAGCUAAGGGCCAUGGCCAAAGCAGCCGGGGAAGAAUGCCCUAUGUUCACACCACCUGGAGGAGAGACCUUAGACCAGGUGAAAAUGCGUGGAAAAGACUUUUUCGAUAUUCUUUGUCAACUGAUCCUGCAAGAAGCAGGUCAGAAUGAACAGUUUUCCCAAGGAGCUCCAAGCAACUGUCUGGAAACUUCUCUGGCAGAGAUAUUUCCUUUAGGAAAAACCUGUGCCUCUGAAUCUAAUUCAGACAGUGACGCACCAGGAUUAGUCGCCAGUGUCUUAGUUGUGAGUCAUGGCGCUUACAUGAAAAGCCUGUUUAAUUAUUUUCUGACUGACCUUAAGUGUUCCUUACCCUCUACUCUGAACAAAUCCGAACUUAUGUCAGUCAGUCCCAACACAGGGAUUAGUCUCUUUAUUGUAAACUUUGAGAAAGGAAGAGAAGUGAAUCCAACAAUCCAGUGUGUUUGUAUGUACCUACAGGAUCAUCUGAAUGGAGGGACUGAAACUCACUAAAAUUUAAAUCUACAUCAAAAUCUAGCAAUUUUGAACUUUUGAGGGAGUGCCUUUGGCUUUUUUUGUUUCCAUCCUCUGCUAGUGCUGAUUUGGAAACAGUUAAAAAGCUAUUACAGCAGGUUAUAAAGCUUGAAUGGAAUCAUGGCCACAGAGAACACUAAUGGAAACCAUUUAGGACUGACUUAUUUUGUCUUGAGUACACUUGGCAUUUUCCAAAGUAAUUUUACCACCCUGGUCAGUUACAUAUCUGGAUUGUAAAUGAAGCAAGGAAUUCAGUAUUGCAAAUUGAGGGAUACAUGAUCUUGUAACUAUUUUUUUGCUUUUACUUUAUGUUGUUAUUUUUCUUUUAUAUCUGAAAAAUCUAGCCUGUUCUAUUGGCUCUUGGUAAGAUACUGUAUGCUUUUUACUAUAUCACCCAGUGCUUAAAAGAAGGAACUAUUUAUAAUUCCCAUUGCAUAUUUAUAAUAAGAACAUACUGUAUUUUAAAUGUCCUUUAAAUGAAAAAUUCUUAACCAUCCUCCGUUUUGUAUAAAACAAAACGACACUGAAAUUUUUAAUAUAGAAAUCAACUGUUAGAAUUUUUUACUAUGGAGGGUUUGAAAUAUAGAUGAAUGGAGAUCAUGGUUGCGGGCUGGUCUGGUGAGAAAGAAGAGAAAACAUCAUUUGACUAAGAAACAUUGAAGAAGAAAUCUCUGAGCAAAAGAAGAUAAAAGAGCAGCUCUUUCUCAACCAAUUUAUAGGCUGAAGAAUUUAGUCUGGGGAAGGCUGAUGAGAGUCAGUGGUUACUAGCGAACUACACAGUAACCUCAGAAGGAAGGGGGAUGCUUCCUUGGAAAGAAUGUUGCUCCGGUAACCCCAGCUGUGGGUUUUUGUAGGGGGUGAAAUGCUUCCUUUGUCCACCAGAUGGCACCAGAGCAAAGGGAUUUUGGUUAACUGAAUUUUGUACUCAAGAUUGGCCCCUCAAAAAAUCCUCACCGAAAUGAAAGUGUUUUCCAUGUAGUUUGCUUUUAAGUUAUCAUGCUGAUGAAUGCUGUGAGUCUCACUUUACAAGGGUAUUAAUACUAAAGUUUGUUGGUGAAGGCCAAAAUCACACGUAGUCCAAAUUUACCGUGGACAGCCUGUAAGUCCUAUGUGAAGUUCAGUAUUAACACUGUUCUCAGUGGCUCCAUCCCUGCCCCUCUCCUGCCAGCACUGGAAGAGAGCACGUGGCGGGGCACUGGAGGGAGGAGUCCGCAAGUGAGAAACUUGAAAAGGGAAUCGAAAAGGAUGAAUAAUAAUAAAUGUCUGCAUUCUCACCAUCCAGAAAUAAUAACUUCCCCCUUCUUCCUUUUUUUUUUUUUAAGAAAUUAACACACUGAGGUCUAAGUGAGAUUCCUUUAACUAGUCCCCGCAGUGCCAUGCCCUCUUGUACUCCGCAGAGACCACCAGGGUGUGGUGCGUCUGUGUGUCCAUUCAUCCGUUCCCGACCAUUUACCUGGAUCCUAAGGAAACGGUAUUGCUUCAGUGUUUUUUCAAAUGUACAUAAAUAUCAUCAAAUCUGUAUUCUGUAUGUUCACAUACUAUAUCAUGGGGCUCUAUCUAUGUUGAUAUGUAUGGAUGUACUUAGUAUCACUGCAUUCUAUUAAAUACACGUGGCACAUUUUGUUCA